AAACAGCACAACUCAUAUAAUGAUAUUUAAUCAAGUUAUGUACUAUAAUAAAAAUCAAAACUGUGCUCAAAUGAUUUGCAAGAACAACAUAAUUCAUGUGACUCGAAAGCUAUAAUUUUGAGGGAUUACUCUAUAUUAUUAUAAUCUAAAAAAAAAAACAUAAUUAAAACAGAAAAGAGUAUAGAAAUGAAAGCUGCAAAGGCAAAAGAAAGUAAGUAUUACUAUUGCAUAAAAUAUAGAAAAGGAAGGAGGAAGAAACCACCAAACAGAAAAGCAGGAAAAGAAAAGAAGAGACCGACCAAGAAAAUUUUAAAAGAAAAGGAGACGAGAAAGAAAAGAAAACCAAGAUUAGACGGUCCGGGUAAGUCAAAAAAGCUAAGUAAGAAAAGAUAAAAAUAAAAAGGAAAUCAAAAAAUUCAGUUUUUCCCGGUUAGCAAUUAACGUCCAUUAGUAGAGCAUGCUAUAAAUAGUUGGAGAGGGCCAGACCACAUAAGCUCUAAGUCAUACCUGUCGAAAAGCUUAUACAACAACGUUCUAUUCUUAAGUCCCAUUUCAUUCACAUUCCCAGAUUUUCUUUGUCCCCUAAAAAAAAAUAAAGGAGUUAAUCAAUAUUUUGAUUGGAUUCUGAUAAUUCUCGAAUAUUUUUUCUUAUCCAUCUUCCCUUUUGCAAAAUCCUUCAUAACCCUUUGAAUCUUGGCUUCUUUUUCUUUUGUUUACCUAAAAAAGAAGUAGGCUUAUACAUGGUUGUGGGGGUGAAAUAACUUUUUCUUGAUCACGUCUUAUUGGAGAAGCUUGAGGUUUAAGUACCUUUCUUGGUGUUCUUGGUUUGAAAGAAGACACAAAAGGAAAAGAAAGAGAGAUAAUAGAAAAAGAGAAGAAGAGAGAUGGAGCAGAAGCAUUUCCUGUUGUCUGCGUUGAGUGUAGGAGUAGGCGUUGGUGUGGGGUUAGGAUUGGCAUCUGGGCAAAGCAUGAGUAGAUGGGGUAAUGGUAAUGGUUCUUCAGAAGAUGUCACUGCUGAGCAGAUUGAACAAGAGUUGAUGAGACAGGUUCUUGAUGGCAGAAACAGCAAGGUCACCUUUGACGAGUUUCCUUACUACCUCAGUGAUAUAACUCGAGUCUCAUUGACAAGUGCUGCAUAUAUCCAUUUAAAGCACUCAGAUGUUUCCAAGCACACCCGGAACCUUUCGCCUGCUAGUAGAGCUAUUUUGCUCUCAGGACCAGCUGAACUUUACCAGCAAAUGCUCGCCAAGGCUUCAGCACAUUACUUUGAGUCGAAGUUGUUGCUGCUGGAUGUUGCGGAUUUCUCCAUAAAGAUCCAAAGCAAAUAUGGAUGCACUAAAAAAGAAUCUUCUUUCAAGAGGUCUAUCUCAGAGGUGACAUUUGAGCGAAUGUCCAGUUUGCUUGGUUCUUUCUCAAUCCUCCCGUCAAGAGAAGAAAUAAGAGGCACAUUACAUCGGCAAAACAGUAAUUUGGAUAUAAAAUCAAGGGCUAUGGAAGGUUUUAAUAAUCAUAUCAAACUUCGUAGAAACGCCUCUGCUGCCUCUGAUAUUAGUAGCAUUUCCUCCCAAUCAACUUCCACAAAUCCAGCUUCCCUGAAGCGUGGAAACAGCUGGUGUUUUGAUGAGAAGCUCUUUCUGCAAGCGCUUUACAAGGUUUUGAUUUCAAUAUCAGAAAGAAGUUCUGUCAUUUUAUACCUCAGGGACGUUGAGAAGAUUCUCCUCCGAUCAGAAAGGAUAUACAGCUUGUUCAGUAAAUUCUUGAAGAGACUGUCAGGUUCGGUUUUGAUACUAGGUUCCCGUAUGGUAGACCAUGAAGAUGAUUGCAGAGAAGUGGAUGAGAGACUGACUAUGUUAUUCCCAUACAAUAUUGAGAUCAAACCACCAGAAGACGAGACUCAUCUUGUCAGUUGGAAAACACAGCUGGAAGAGGACAUGAAAAUGAUUCAGUUUCAAGAUAACAAAAACCACAUUGUUGAGGUCCUUGCAGCAAAUGAUAUUGAGUGUGAUGAUUUGGGUUCAAUUUGCCACGCAGAUACAAUGGUUAUUAGCAAUUACAUAGAAGAAAUCGUUGUAUCAGCAAUAUCAUACCAUUUAAUGAAUAAUAAACACCCAGAAUACCGAAAUGGAAAGCUUGUUAUAUCAUCUAAGAGCUUGUCUCACGGAUUAAGUAUAUUUCAAGAAGGCAAAAGUGGUGGGAAAGAUACUCUGAAACUGGAGACGAAUGGUGAAGUUGGCAAGGAAAUUGAAGGUGAAGGGGCUGUUGGUGCAAAGACUGAGUCAAAGUCCGAAAUCCCAGCAGCUGAUAAUAAAGGCGAAAUAUCUGUUCCUGGAGCAAAGAAGGAUGGGGAAAAUGCAGUUCCAGCUAAAACACCUGAAGUUCCUCCUGACAAUGAGUUCGAGAAACGCAUCAGGCCAGAGGUUAUCCCUGCAAAUGAGAUUGGAGUGACAUUUGCAGAUAUUGGUGCCAUGGAUGAAAUUAAAGAAUCACUUCAGGAGCUUGUCAUGCUCCCUCUUCGAAGACCAGAUCUCUUUAAAGGUGGACUUCUCAAGCCUUGCAGAGGCAUACUGCUAUUUGGGCCUCCAGGCACAGGAAAAACAAUGCUAGCCAAGGCCAUAGCAAAUGAAGCUGGAGCAAGCUUUAUUAAUGUCUCAAUGUCUACCAUCACUUCAAAAUGGUUCGGUGAAGAUGAAAAGAAUGUUCGAGCAUUAUUCUCACUUGCUGCAAAGGUCUCUCCAACCAUCAUAUUUGUUGAUGAGGUUGAUAGCAUGCUUGGGCAACGGACUAGAAUUGGCGAGCACGAGGCCAUGCGGAAGAUUAAGAACGAGUUCAUGACGCAUUGGGAUGGGCUGUUGACAAAACCUGGUGAACGAAUUCUUGUUCUUGCUGCAACCAACAGGCCAUUUGACCUUGAUGAAGCAAUUAUUAGGCGGUUUGAGCGCAGAAUCAUGGUUGGCCUACCAUCCAUUGAGAACAGGGAGAUGAUCUUGAAAACUCUCCUGGCAAAAGAGAAAACCGAAGAUCUGGACUUCAAGGAGCUUGCAACCAUUACAGAAGGAUAUAGUGGAAGUGACCUAAAGAACUUAUGUGUGACGGCAGCUUAUCGACCUGUCAGGGAGUUAAUACAGCAAGAGAGAUUAAAAGAUAAAGCAAAAAAGCAGAAAGCUGAAGAAGCCACAAGCUCAGAAGAUACUUCAAGUAAAAAAGAAGAAGAUAAAGAAGAACCGGUAAUUACUCUGAGGCCAUUAAACAUGGAAGACAUGCGGCAAGCAAAAAAUCAGGUUGCUGCAAGUUUCGCAUCUGAGGGAUCAAUAAUGAAUGAACUAAAGCAAUGGAAUGAUUUGUACGGAGAAGGAGGUUCAAGGAAGAAGCAACAGUUAACUUACUUCCUCUAGACUGUAGAAAGUUAUCAUAUUAUGAAUGGCUCAUCUAAAUAGAAAAGGAGGUCAAAGUUCAAAAAACCUUUUCCCUGCGAGUAAAAUGUUAUUGCCUCAGGCAUACAACAGUGCAUCAAUGAACAGAAAGAAAGCAGCAGCACAUUCCUGGAAAGACAUUCUGGCAAUUCCAGCUGAGCUUGUAGUAUAGUGCAAGGUGUAUUCAGAAAAUGUGAUUCUCUGUAAUUUCAUGAAAACAAGAGAGGAUAUCUGUUAGGCCAUCCUAAGGCCAUUUCACACCACAGUUUUAUUGUAAUUAUAUAUAUUCUUAAGAACGUGUGGUAUUUGGAGAAUGCAUAUGGGUUUGUGGAAUUUGAAAAGAACCUUUUAUUGGGUUUUGUUAGAUUA